GCUAGCUAAUGGGUAGAGAACAAAAGGGCUGCUAAUUCAAGGCAGGCUGGAGGAUGGCAAGAAAGUGUGGUAGCUGAAGAUACUGGCAGAUGUGAUCUUUAAUCCUUGAACAUUCUGAGGAAAUGGGAAAGGUGCCAAAGUCAGAAGAGGGAUGUCUUGGCCUUCAAAAUAAGGCAGUGAACCCCAAGUUACCCAGACCUUGCGGUCUCCCAUGGCGUCUUGAGUGCAAGGUGCUUCAGGGUCUGGGGGAGCCCGAGCAGCUCUCCAGGGGCCACAGCAACAGAUGUGUCUCCCCCCGCCACGUAGUUUUGCAGAGGCCCCAGUCAUGGCAAUCCUGUGGGGUAUAGAGCCGCUCCCGUUCUGCUGGCGGAAGGAUGGGGAGCUAGUACAGGGUCUGACCAGUAUGUCCUCAGGAUUUGCUCCCUGCACACCCCCGGCAGUAAACUCCCUGAUAAGAGGCAGGACAGAGCUGGGGAAGGGGGCCCCACCAGCAUGCUCACAGGCUCCCUGACCUCCCCUCUCCCUUCUCUGAGCCUCAGUGGCCCUCAUCCUUGAAAUGGGAGUUCUGGGGCCCCCGUGGGCAUAGCGCCUCGCACGUGGGAGCCCUAGAGUGACCAGCACAGUGGCUGUCCUCUGCGGCCUGGGGGGGACCCGACUUAUGCCUAGUGACCUGGCGGCCUCCUGAGACUCUGUCCCGUGUGGACUCUGCGAGCUGCCUGUCCUCAUGGCCCAAAGCCAAGUACAGCAGCUGGACUGCUGCUCCUCCUCUCUUCCGGUUUGCUCUGCCCCUCCCCCUGCCUGGGCAGCACAAAAGCUGACUGGAAGCAAAUUCCUGGCCUGGUGCUGGGCAGGAAUGGCUGCAAGGGGCCCAGGUCUCAGCAGGGCCUUGGGUGCUUCUCCCUGCCCAGCUUGGAGGCGAGCUCACUGGGGAGCCAAGGGACGCCUGAAGCCUGAGUACGAUGCUGUGGUGAUAGGAGCAGGACACAACGGGCUGGUGGCUGCGGCGUACCUGCAGAGACUGGGGGUGGACACAGCGGUCUUCGAGAGACGCCCUGUGAUCGGGGGCGCAGCUGUCACAGAGGAGAUCAUCCCAGGGUUUAAGUUCUCUCGAGCGUCCUACCUCCUCAGCCUGCUGAGGCCGCAGAUUUACGCUGACCUGGAGCUGAAGAAACACGGGCUGAAGGUUCAUCUUCGAGACCCCUACUCCUUCACCCCAAUGCUGGAAGAGGGCUUGGGGAGCAAGGUGCCCAGGUCCCUUCUUUUGGGCAUGGACAUGGCGGAAAACCAGAAGCAGAUUGCCCAGUUCUCACGAAAAGAUGCCCAGGCCUUUCCCAAAUAUGAGGCGUUCAUGAAUCGCUUGGCAUUAGCCAUUGAACCUCUGCUGGACGCAGCCCCCGUGGACACGGAGGCCUUCCACAGGGGUUCCCUGCUGCAAAGGCUCCAGGCACUCUCCACGCUCAAGCCCCUGCUGCAGGCAGGUCGCGUGCUGGGAGCCCAGCUGCCCCAGUAUUACCAGGUCCUCACAGCUCCAAUUACAAAGGUGCUGGAUCAGUGGUUUGAGUCCGAGCCCCUAAAAGCCACUCUGGCCACAGACGCUGUGAUCGGAGCCAUGACAAGUCCCCACACUCCGGGGAGUGGGUAUGUGCUGCUACAUCACGUGAUGGGGGGCCUGGAGGGGGUGCAGGGGGCCUGGGGCUAUGUCCAGGGUGGCAUGGGUGCCCUCUCGGAAGCCAUCAUGAGCUCAGCCACAGCACACGGAGCAAACGUCUUCACUGAAAAGACAGUGGUGAAAGUGCUGGUAAGCAAUGAAGGGCGAGCCCAAGGAGUCGCGCUGCAGGAUGGCUCGGAGGUGAGGAGCCGAGUGGUGCUGUCCAACGCUUCCCCGCAGGCCACCUUCCUGAAGCUGAUGCCGCAGGAAUGGCUUCCUAAGGAGUUCGUGGAGAGGAUCUCCCAGCUGGACACCAAGUCACCUGUUACCAAGAUCAACGUGGCUGUCGACAGGCUGCCUGACUUCCUGGCAGCCCCCAAUGCUCCCGGAGGCCAGCCACGGCCCCAUCACCAGUGCUCCAUCCACCUGAACUGUGAAGACACACUCCUCCUCCACCAGGCCUUCCAAGAUGCCGUGGAUGGCCUGCCUUCCCACAGGCCUAUGAUUGAACUCUGCAUCCCUUCCGCGCUGGAUCCCACCCUGGCUCCCCCCGGCUGCCAUGUCAUCUCCCUCUUCACUCAGUACACUCCCUACACACUGGCCGGAGGCAAGGUGUGGGAUGAGCAGGAGAGAAGCGCCUAUGCAGACAAAGUGUUUGAUUGCAUCGAGGCCUACGCCCCUGGUUUCAAGAGCUCAGUGGUAGGCAGGGACAUCCUCACACCACCCGAUUUGGAGAGAAUCUUCGGGCUUCCUGGAGGGAAUAUCUUCCACUGCGCCAUGACCCUGGACCAGCUCUACUUCGCCCGCCCUGCGCCCCUGCACGCCAGCUACCGCUGUCCCCUCCGGGGCCUGUAUCUCUGUGGAAGCGGCGCCCACCCGGGAGGAGGCGUCAUGGGAGCCGCUGGACGCAAUGCAGCCCAUGUUGUCUUCAGAGACCUCAAAAGCAUGUGACCCUGAACCAACUCUGACCUUGAGAUUGUAAGUCCCUGUGGGGUCAGCGUCCAGGAUACGGCUGGAGACCAACAAGCCCUCAUGCUCAAGCCACAUACAGGUUACGUUUGACACUUGUUAACCUUGCACCCCUGACUUCCUAGAUGGACUGGUGUUGUUUUAUUAAAAACAGGGUCUUAUAUAGACA